AUGUCGUAUAAUGCAGACAGCGGCACUAAGCGCAAACGCGUGACGCGCGCGUGCGACAAGUGUCACAGGAACGGGUCCAAAUGCAGCCGCACGCCCGGCGGCGACAGAUGUGUACGCUGCGUCGAGCUCGGCAUCCCGUGCACCUUUGACCGGCCAGUUAAGCGGCGCGGCCCACCAGCGCGCCGUGCGCGUAUAGAAGACGAAGAGUCUUCCUCUCGCCUCUCGCAACCGGCGUCCCUCCGCAUCCCACAGACGCCGGGAGAGGGGACCAGUGCGUCGAGCCCGAGCUCGUCAUCACGUGACGCGUCUUCCAGCUUCUGGCGGUACGACGACCUGCUUGACCGUCCCACUGUCGAGGCGCUGGCCGACAUCUAUCACCGCACCAUGUAUCCUCUGCGCCCGUUCAUCCACUGGCCGACUAUGGCCGCAGAUAUUCGCGCGGGAAGGUACCGUUCCAAUUGGGGCGUGUUCAUGGUCGUCGCAGGAGUGUGCGCCAUGGCCGCAAGGAAACUGGCGGACGGUGGUGUACCCGGCAACGUGCCACCUUCCCUUCAAGCGCGCGCGGCCACGCUCGCUGCUGACUGCUACGCGGUCGCAAUGGCUGCAGUACAGCGCGACUCUGAAACUGAGCUCCCAGCUGAUGUCCUGCCUUUACUUAAGACGCGCAUGAUCCUUGGCUGCACGUGCAUGCAACGCGGACACCGUACCGCCGCGCUUGCGCACUACGGCGCGUUCUCGACCCUGUCAGCGCAGGCAGGCUUUCACGACGAAGCUACAUGGUCGCCUGAUCUUACCGAGAUCCAGCGACAAGAGCGCCGAAGGCUUUUCUGGUACGCGUACCAGACAGACUAUUAUACCUCGACGACGCUGGGUCUUCCCCCAAAACACAGAGAGGCACGCGCACGCGUCAAGUAUCCCGCCGAGGCGGACGACGACAAUGUCCACGAUACAGGCGUGUCGCUGCCCCUCGGGCACGUCUCGUUCAUGCGCGGUUGGAACGUGUGUACGGACCUGUAUCGCAUCAUCGAGCAUGUGUACGACAACCUACGGGCGGAUACAACUGAUGAGGACGAUGAAGAUAGUGUGACGGGAUUCCUUGUGCGUGCAAACAGGAUCGACUCGCACGCAGCGCACAAGCUUCUCACGCGUCUCGUGGGCGACCUCCCUCCAGAAUUACGGCGUGUCAAGCCCAUGACUGGGGACAUUGACAUCGACCGCUUGGGGUUUGUCGCGACUAAUAUAAUGAUCACGGGUCAGACUCUCAAAAUGAUGCUGGCACUAUGUGACGGCUCGAGUGUGCACCACCGCUGCGCGAUUGCCAGUGAGCUCCUCGACGAGUUGGCGACCCUGCCCACGUCGUAUCUCCAGGCCUCCAGCUCGACAACUCUCCAGCACCUCGCGCACGUUGGCCACCUCCUCUCAGGAAUCAUAGACGGGCCCCUUCCGACUUGGACAUACCUCCAGGUUCGCAAUAUCUUGCUGGUGCUUUCGGAAUUCAUCGCCACGCUUGAGGCCGGCAGAACAGCUCCAUGGGACCUGGCCACUAAAUUGCGCGAGCAAAUCCAGCGCAUCGACGAGAACAUGAUUCAGGCUGAGGCCGCGACGUUGCCAAGCCUAGGCGACAGCUUGAUGCAGUCUCUCGGCGUCAGCGCAGACGGCACAACUGACGCUCUACCUGAGCCCCCACCAGCUCCACCAGUCCCAGCACCAGCGUCCGAUCCUGCGCCAGCGCGUGUCAUGCCCGUGCCGAACCGCAUGAUCUCCAUCGACGCUGGCCUUAGUUCGCAGCCUGCGUCACUCCCUCUUCCCCCUCCUGCGCCUCUCCCGCCGGCUGACGAGGUGGCGAUCGACCCUCUAUCUGCUCUACAGGCUGAACCGCCUCACGACGCACUCUCAGCCCUUCAGCUCGGGCAAAACAACCCAUCACCAUCGUUCAACCCGAUCGCCUUCGCCGCUUCGCAGGGCAUGUUCGACUACGGCGCCGCGCCGAUGGACGACGCGCUCAUCGGCGAGUUUUUACGCUACUGGCCCUCACAGGGCCUGCUUGCUGAUUCGGUGCAUGAGGGUUCGCCGUUCACAGGUGGAAUGUAA